CCUCCUCUUAGUCUCCCUCUCCAUGUUCUCCUAAUCUCCGCUCUGAUUGGUUCCUCCUUGGUGUCAGUCACAACGCAGAGGGCGGGACUCAAACAAUCCACUCGUGCUCCCUGAGCUGUGGUCCGUGCUCCACAGCAGAGCAGCAUCAGGACAGGCAGUAGUCCGGGACCGUAGAUCCGCUUUCUCCUCCUCGGACGGCUGUGCUCAGUCCCCCGGAGGUGCGCGCUGGCUCUCCCAGAGUUCCCCCCUCCCCGACCAGAGUGCGCCACGCGCGCGGAGCGUUCCUGAAGCAGCCCUCCAGCUGCGACUUCUCGCUUCUGUGGAGCAAAGCGGUUCCCAUCCCUCCAGCAGCAGAAUCGCCCCUAAAACGGCUCUCGAAGUCGGUGUGAGAGAAGCGCUCUCCCGGGUCCACCUGGAUAGCUGAAGGAAGCCGCGCGGUCGGUCCGGUUCGAGGUCCAGCGGGGAGGAGAAGAGGAGCACAAAAAGAAGGAAAAGAGAGAAAAAGGCAGGAUGAAUCUGAAGAAUCGCUUGAUUUUCACCCUCUACACCAUCCAUGGGAUUCUUCUGAAAGUGAUGGCUUCAAAAGGCAGAGUUCAAGGUGCCAGCGGUCAGUACCCUCUGGUUCAGAAUGUGACCGUUACACAGGGCGGGACGGCCAACCUGACCUGCCGUGUGGAGUACAAUGACAACACCUCCCUCCAGUGGUCAAACCCGGCACAGCAAACCCUCUUCUUCGGGGACAAGAAAGCUUUGAGAGACAACAGGAUUGAACUAGUGCACGCGUCGUGGUCGGAGUUGACCAUCAGCAUCAGUGACGUCUCGCUGUCCGACGAGGGCAUGUACACCUGCUCCCUGUUCACCAUGCCCGUCAGAACAGCCAGAGCCUACCUGACCGUUCUGGGAGUGCCAGAGAAGCCAGAGAUCAACGGCCUGAAAAAGCCCGCCGUGGAGGGGGACUAUAUUACGCUGACCUGCAUCACUCAGGGCAGCAAGCCCGCUGCCGACCUGCGCUGGUUUAGGGACGAGAAGGAGGUCAAAGGUGCUAAAGAGGUGAACGCAGAGGGGAAGACCUUCACAGUGCAGAGUUCCCUGCAGCUGCACGUGGACAGGAACGACGACGGCGUGGCGUACACCUGCAGAGUGGACCAUGUGGCGCUAGUGCAGACACCGCAGCAGGCCACCGAAGUGCUGGAGGUCCAGUAUGCCCCCCGUGUGGAGAUCAUCCACUCCCUUGAAGUCCCUCAAGAGGGCCAGUACCUAAAGUUGGAGUGUUUAUCCAAAGGAAACCCAUCGCCGGAUCCUGUGAUGUGGACGAAAGACGGAGGUGAACUUCCGGACCUGGAAAGGAUGAUUGUUGACGGGAGGGAGCUCACAUUCACUUCGCUCAACAAGACGGACAACGGCACCUACCGCUGUGAAGCCAGCAACCACCUGGGCAGGAGCAGCGCUGAAUACGUGCUCUACGUGUACGACGUCCCCACCACCUUGCCUCCAUCCACCACCCCCUUCCUCCAUCCUAUCCCUCCAGAUUCCACUGCUCAGUUAAGCACCCACGCCUCAGACCCCACAGACAGCAGAGAUCCAAACGCACUGGGACAGCAUGGCACCGACCAUGCCCUGAUCGGAGGAGUGGUGGCGGUAGUGGUCUUCGUCACCUUGUGUUUAAUCAUUGUUCUGGGAAGGUACCUGGCCAGGCAUAAAGGAACGUAUUUGACAAACGAAGCCAAAGGAGCGGACGAUGCGCCUGACGCCGACACAGCCAUCAUAAACGCUGAGGGUAACCACGCGCAUGCAGAGGAAAAGAAGGAGUACUUCAUUUAGACUGCAGAGGGCGCCGUCCAGCGCUCGCCCUCUACUCUCUGUCCUUUAGUCUCUAUAUCUUCUCUUCUCUCUGGCUGUCCCCCACCUUUUCUCCUCACUCUGGCCGACCCUUCUUCGAGUCAGUGAGAAGCCCGCAGGCAGAGACGUUCACCAUGGGUGUUUCUAUGAUUUCACGUUCUUUUUGAUUUGUAUUAUUUUGUUUUUUAAAUGAUGUUUUUUAAAGGUUUGCCGUUACUGUUGAAGCUCUCACUCUUCUUAAAGUUUUUUUUUUUUUUUUCCGUCUUUUCAUGUAAAUACUUGGAAAUCUGUAUAUCUCAUGACAGCUUUUUACAUGACCCCUCCCCCCGCGUCGUCCACAUUCAUGGGUUUCAUGGAGAUUCAGGCCAAGCACACCAACACGCCGUCAUAUCCCGUGUCCACACACGUCCACAAACACAUAUCACAUCAACACGGUGCCUAAAAGAAACACAUCGAAUUUCUGUCAAUGCCUUGGUUUAUUGUCUGUCCGUAGCGAUGUAAAUGCUUUGUAGGUCAUCUUCAUUGCUUGGCCCUCAGCUUUCGAUUUUUUUUUUUUUUUUUGUUGCGUUUGAAAGAAAAUCUGUGCUGUUGACGCCUUACGCACAUCCAUCACGUGAAAACGUUUUCCAUGGUCCAUUCCCCAUUUGCCCCAACCCCCUCCUCUAAAUAGUGAUGGUGACGCUCCACCGCUUGUAAGAUACGAAGAAGGUUUUUGUGGAAAACACCGUAGCAAGAUUCUUUUGUCAGAUACGUGUAAAAUAUGAUUCUUACCGUUAACAGUAGGAGUAACGUGGCAUUUGUUUAGAACAGAAAAACACACACCAAAAAAAUAUACGUACAAAAGCUAAUAGCUAAAGCCUUCCACCAACUCAAACACAUGUAUAAAAGCGUUUUCUUGAAUUUUCUGCUGUAUUUGUAUUUCUGCGCAGGCUUGCAGUUUAGAGAGACGGCCUUUCAGGAUACUAUAGGUUUUGUUUAGCAUUAAAGGUACACAAAAAUAAACCACCAUAGUUUUCUAACGUCCAAAAGUUAUGGGGAUUUUGACGAUCUACUUUUUCGGUCACACUGAAAUAAUUUCAGAGAACUCGUGAAACGCAGGGAACUAUCUGGUGUUACUCAAAAGCAGGGGUGUCAAACUCAUUUUGGUUUUACCAAAACUCUUGUUUUGGUAACAUAAUAGCAAAAAACCAAUGGGCUACUUGUUAUAUGUAGCUUUUUUUUUUUUUUUUAGUUGGAAAAAAUGCCUCAAACAAUGUGUUUUAUUUUAGUUUAUAUUAUUAGAGCUAAUAUUAUGAGUAUUAUCUUUUUGUCAACAACAUUUUGGUAAUUGUGGUGUCACAUAAUAAUUUUUAUAAGCAACUUAACAACAGAACCAAACUGCAUUUUACUCAGAUAUAUCACGCGCUUGCAAAGAAAUGCUGUUUUUUUCUUGAUCUCUUGUUCUGACGGUUUUUCUUUCCCUUUGCUUCCCCUAGUGGUGGAAUUGCAUAUUGCGGUCAUUUCUUUAAAUAACCAUAAUUCGCCACAGGAAUGGGCUAGAAACUUGCUUUUUUUUACCCAACAUCCUUAUGUGUUUUUUGCCUUCAUCACUGAGCUGAAUUAAACCAUCUGGCGGGCCAAAUGCGGCCCGCGGGCCGUACGUUUGACACCCCUGAUCUAAAGCUGCCCUCACACCGCGCAUUUAAGUGUUGCGCCUACAAGAACCCGCGUUUAGCGGGUCGCUACCCAAUACUGCCGUAUGUCCACCACCUACACUUGGUCAGCGGAUUUACGUUUUACAUGUAAUGCUAAGUUCACACUGUGCAUGUGACGUGCGUUCUUGAAUCCAUGUUUAGCAUAAGGUGUUCACACUGGACUGUCACUACCCGAUACUAGUGCAUGUAUCUACAGCUGGUAAAGGCUUGGUACAAAUUUUUAAAGAGGGGCAAAACACAUAAAUUGUAGUCCAGGUUCUUUUACAACUCUAAAUGUUUCUGGAUGGGUCCAAACCCGCUUAUUCAUUUCUCCUUCGUGAUAAUUUCUUAAAGGGACGCCAUAGAUACAUCACUACAAAAUCUGAGUCCCUGAUUGGUCAAAGUUCAACCUGGUAUAACUUUAAACACACGUUAAAUGGACGCGGAAUGUUUGAAUGCGGGACUUUUAAAGCCUGCAAUGCAUUAAGCUUGUCACCAAGGGCGGUAUGAGCGUAGCUUAAAACACGAGCAGUUCUGAGUAGAUGUAGUACCAAAAUCUUUUUUUUUAAUAUCAUAGUGUAGUUGAUGGACACCUCUUCUAAUCCUGAGGUGCAGGCAGCUUUCAUUGAUAGGAAAAAAAUCCACCUAUUAUUUUUCCUGAUUUCUACUUUUUUAUUUUUUUUUUAAAUGCAACCUCCUUUCAUUCCGUUCUAUCAGCAAACCGCACUCCCAUUUCUUCAAACACAAAGAAAGUAGAGACAGAAAGAGGUACGAGUGCUGGGUCAUAAAUCUGCAGGGGCUUCAUUUCCAACUUAAAAACUGGAGACAAAUAGAAAAGCACAAGAUCUGUCUGAAUGAGUUACUAUUUCCCUUUUGCCAACAGCUCGAUUGCCUGCAGCGGUAGCUUUCAUCAAAUGGGUAGUGGAAAGAUGACAAAGCUGACGAUGAUUCACUUCGGGAAGGGAAAAAAAAAUCAUUUUUAAACGAAAUCAUGUGUUUGUAUUUUAAAAAAUAAAAGCAAGAAGAAGGAAAAAUGUCCAAUAUUUUGUUCCAAGCUCCCUGCUGUAUAUGGUGUCUUCUAAAAUGUGGUUAAAGUGUGAAAAUUGCUGUUAAAUUCUGGACUCCUGUAUUCCUUCAAAUUUGUAUAUUAGCCACAUUAUCGAUUCGCUUUUUUCCAUUCAUUUUCCAUUGCAUAAAUCUUGUUAGAAGACUUUAAAUCAAGUGUUUUUUUGUUUAUGUGCAAAGCAUGUACAUAAUGUGUAAGAACUAAAUUUUUUAUAAUACACAUUAGCAUGUUUUUUUUUUCUCAGUUCUUUUUCAUGUUUAAUUUAUUUGCACUGAAGUUAUUAAAGACCAACCCACAAUGGAUGGAGGUGUGUUAUAAUAAUUUCACAGAGGAGUAACUUUUACCCCCAAACCCUUCAUGUUCACAGAGCUUAAGCAUAAAAACAUUAAAAAAUGGGGGAAAAUUACAGUGAAUUUUCAGAAUAAAUUUUUGUUAAUAAAAAAAAACACAUCCUAUUCUUUUUUUAAGCCAAUUACAAUUAACAAAGUAACAGAAAGAUACACAGUGAAUGUUUAUUUACUUUUUAAUACAUUCAAAUUUAAAGUAAUGUGGUUGGACGCUCUUGUAAAAGAGCGAUAAAUACCUAAAGGCCUGGAAGCAACUCGCCAAUCUACUUACGGAAAGCAUAGGCAAUAAAGAAAAAGGUGGACCUUGCAGUUUGGUGACCAAUUUACUACUUCAUGCAAAUAAAGUCAGCCGGUAAUGUGUUUUAUGGGUCACAAGUUGAGUUCUACUGGAGUUAAUCACACUGGGAGUCAAAAGGUCACCAUGUAAGUAAGGAGUUAAUUUAAACUUUAGUUUUUUUCUUUUAGUCAUUUCUACCUUAAAUGUUCCAGUUCUUGUCUACUUAUAAAAUGAUUUAACCUAUUUUAUUUGAAGAAAAAAAAAAACAUUUGUGUUUUGAAAUCAAAUGUAAAUAUCUAACACAGCAAUGAGGAUUUUAUUUAUUUUUGUGGCUUUUUUUGACCAAACUGGAUUUUUUUUCCCUUUUCUGUCAAUUUUUUUUUUUUUUUUUGCUGUGGCUGUAUUUUCUUGCCACACUACACAAAGAACUUUUUUUCAAUGUUUUUAAAAUCUUGUUGUAAGUUAUCCCUAAGCUUUAAUUCAUUGUGUCUUGAGUCUUAGCACCUUCUGUUAGCGGUUUUUGGCUAGGUCUUGUUGGCUAGCUCUUUUUAGCUAUUUUUUUUUUCAUUAACUUUAUUGAACAUCAUACAUAUUUACAAAUCACAACAGUAAACAGUCCGUAAAAAAUCAUCAACUAAUUCUAUCUUUCAGAAAAGAGAAUCAAUUACAGUGUUGGCUAGCGCUUGUUGGCUAGCGCUUGUUGGCUAGCACUUGUUGGCUAGCACUUGUUGGCUAGCACUUGUCAGUUAAUUAGCUCACGAUGUCAUUUGGGUAAAAAGUCGGUGACAUAUAACACAAGUUGCAGCCUUUUUAUCAUCAGACAGAAAUACAUUUUCUAGUAGGGUGUGUCUAUUAUUUUCUGUUUUUUUUUUCUUAAAUUUGUUGCAGCAUAGUUAGCUGCACAGGAGCUGCUGCAAAUGUUAGCUAUAAAAUCAAACACAAUCUUGUAAAGAGUCUGACAUUUUACAGAACGGUGGAAACUUUCAAAAACUAACCAAACAAUCAGCUUUUGUAUGUAAAGACCUCCAAAACGCUCUUAAAAACUCAUCAGCUGAUUUUCUCCACUUUAGAAUCUGAAGUUACUUUAGUUGCCUAACUAGUUGAAGGGUUACGGUAGUCCAAAAAAUGUCAACUCUGGAGCUAAAGCUACGAUGGUAAAGGGUUAAACGUAAUGCAUAAGAAUUUAUGUCCACAAAAUGAUUAAGAAUAAAUGCUUUUCGGUCUUUCUAGCAGAUGUUUUCAAUCUAUUUGUGCCUCCUGAAGUUGACGGUCCAGAAAGGAACAGUUAAUCCAGAACGAAAACUUCUCUGAGGACCAUCAGAGAUUUGUUCCUCACAUCACGAUGUUUUCAAAGAUUUCUGUGUGACUGAAAAAAUGGAGGAAUGUGUUAGCGAGAAAAUAAAAAUGUGAUUACAAGAGAAUAACGGUUUGGUUUACUUCUUUUUUUUUUAAUUUGUUGUUGUUUACAUUUCAAGUGCUCUCCACAGGUUGGAUGAAGACCCAUCUUGUCCUGUUAAAGCCUCAAUGUCUUUGCUGUAUAGUUUGGCUUCAGCGCUGUCUUCUUCUUCUUCUUCUUCUGCAAUAUUGACACUGAACUCAAUCAACUCUAACUUUACACUAUCUUUAUAGAUGACACAUUGUGACACAGCUGUAUGUUGUGAUGUGUUUUUGUUUUUAUUUUUGCUUUUUUAUCUCUGUCUUUUGCAUCUCAGGAAUAUGUUUCUUUCUAAGUCUUUGUUUUUCUUCUGUCCUAAAAAUUUGGGAGCACCCUCUCUUUGGCGGUCACUGUAGGUCAACACCGUGUAUUUAUUGAGUUCCAAAUGGCUGAGAUGUUAAUAAAAGUCAUUCCGUGAUUCUUUUGGUAAUUCUGGCACCUCUCUGUUUUUGGAAUAUUCAACUUUCUCAAAUAAAGUCGGAAGUUAUGCAGCAAAUAAUCAGAAAUUCCAAGACCGCUCACGUUUUCUGACAACAAAUGAAAUGUUCAUCUUGUGGCGUGAAACACUUCAGUGUCUUUGAGCUCCGCAAUGUUUUGUUUUUGCUUGUGUACAUUCAACACAAAUCUUUGUGCACAACAAGUGACGGAUUUUAAAGGCACUGCCACUGACUUAAUAAAAAGUAUCCACUUUAAGGCAAGGAAACACCAGGAUUAGACUUAGAUCCAUGGUAGUUCAGCUUCUUGAUUCAUAUUAAUAUGUACAGAGACAGCAGGAUGUGUUUGGAGGUGUUUCUCUCGCAUUGUGUCUGGGGUUUAUUACUCGAUUUAGAGGUUUCUUUGUAUCAUAAGGAAAUUGUUGAAUAAAUAGAUGCCAAAAGA